UGCACCCAAACACUUUUGGAGGACCCUGCUUCAUCCUAUCUCGAAACUCUGAGAUUUGUUAUUGGAUGAAGGAUGCCAAGCUGCUGAGUAUCGUCCUUGGUCUCGUCUGGGCCGCCCUGGCCCCGGAGGAGUGUUAUACCCAAGCUUUGGAGCUGGGGCAUGAGCUGGACGAGUACUAAAAGGAGAUGGCGUCCGUGAUGGAAUGUUGCUUGCCGGCUCUGUGGGAGUACGGGUUAGCCAGCAUCUCUCAGUCUCCAAGAUGAAGACCUCUAGUUUCAUAUCCGCCCUUCUCACGGCGGCAAGGUUCGCUACCGUGUCCGCGAAUCCAGCACCACUAGUCGCGGUUCGGACAACGCCCUUGCCAGGGAAAUCAGAGGCCUACACGUUGAAUGAAAUCCGCCGUCGUGUGUACUCGCUCUUCGCAAGACAGGAAGAGACAAAUCAGACGUUGCGAAACACAUUAAGUAUCGAUAAGAGCUGGGAAGAGGCGGUGCUCUUUCAGCACACCCACGAGUUUGACACGAAGAACGAGAAUCUCUCGGUUUCGUUAGGGAUCGAAGUACGAUGUGCCACCUGCUACGUCAAGGCCUCUGCCACGGCCGAGUUGUUUCUCAAUGGCACUUUUGACUUUGGAGAUACCAUCGCCAACCUUACAGACCAGCUCGGCGAAGAAUUCGAGAACAUGACCAGUACAGCGAUCGACUCAGUCAAGAAUUUCGUUGGGGACAUUGAUCUCUCAGCGCUCAACCCAUUCGACGAUAAAGACUUCGACUUCAGCGAGGCCUUCAACUUCGACAACUUCACGAUCGACACCGACUUUGAUAUCGAUUUGCCACCGCUUCCCGAAGUGGUGUUGAGCUUCUCCCUCGAUGAGUUGGACAUUUACCUGCUCCUCGGCACCAAGAUUACCGGAUCUGCCACCCUCAACAUCCCCUUGUACAAGUCCAAAUCCUUGGGCAUCGGGACCACGAAGGACUUGGAGGUUGGCGUAUUUGUCACGAUGGACCUAAUCCUCAGCGUUGACGGCGAGAUUGACUUCACCACGGGCGUCCAUUUCAGGGUGGAGGAUGGCAUAGCCUUCCGUCUGGCAUUCCUGAGCCACAACGUUUCCGAGAUUAUCCUCAAUGGCGGCGAGUUCGAAUUUCUUCCCGUCACGGUCCUGACAGCCAACGCCGUGCUCAAAGCCAUCCUCCGCGUGGGGAUGCACGCCGGCGUUAACCUGAACACGCCCAGCGCCGUCGAAGAGAAGCUCCAAGUCGGCGCCGGCGUCGAGGUGGGCGUGUUUGCCCAUCUCGCCGAGUUCAUCACCAACGUAACUGCCGGCGCAAUCCUCCAGGACGAGGAGGACUGCGCGCUGAAGGUGGUCGAGGAGUACACCUUUGGCGUGGGCGCCGUGGCAGGCGCAACCGUGCAGGUGUUCGGCCAGACCUUCGGCCCUCAACCAACGACCACCAUCCCCGUCUUCUACACCACCCUUGCCGACAUUUGCGCCAUCCAGGCGUCCGCCUCCCCUACCACCGCACCCGCCACCACCACCAGUGCAAGCCUGGCCGCCCGCCAGGACAACCUGGUUACGACCACCAUUACAACGGUCGACAGAUACACGGCCGUGGGGUGCAAGUCGCCCGACCUGGCAGCCCUCUGCCCGCAGAAUCUAUUGACAACCAGCGUGCAAACCAGCACCCUGACGCUGGUGACGUCGGUCCCGCCCGGCGUCACGGCCACCUUCCCCGCGUCGAUCGUAUCAAGCGUGGCUAGCACCAUCCCCUUUGGCACCCAGGCCAAGUCUAUCAGCUCCACGAGCGGCCUGCCGACAAGCUUUGUCCCGCCGCCGCCACCGCCUACCUCCACCAGCAGCUCGUCGGCGGCUGCUUCGAGCAGUGCUGGUGGUGGGGGCUUCGGUUCUUCAGUCGAGGAGAUUGUUAACGGCCAGACCGGCGGGGUGGAUAACAAGCUUAUUAUUGGGCUGAGUGUCGGGCUGGGCGUGCCGUUUUUGAUUGCUGUUGGCGUGGCUAUCGCGUUCUUGAUCAAACGGCACAGAUACCAGGCUGUGCCAAAGAAGGACGCUGCAGAGACUGAUGUGUUUGGCAGCAGCGAGUAUCAAAGUCCUAUGUCGGGUGGUGAAGCCCAGGGGUUGAUGAAGAAAACGCCGAUGGUCGCGACUGCAGAAGCUAUCUAGGACUGAGCUGGGCUUCUUUUGAAUCCCUUUUUAUGUUACCCACGGCCCUAUCAUACCGGGCUGUGUUUUUAAAGUUUUAUGUUGAUCUGAUGAUACCUCUUUAUGUUUUAUAGAACGACCGGGGUCUGGAAAGGGUAUCUCUUACAUUCUUCGCGAUGAACCUUGAACUGUCAAAGCAUGAAUUCGACUCUGUAAUACCAUGUAUUAGUACCUAGUAGAGAAGGUAAUACUAGGUGUCAAUAUUCAGGUGCGAAACCGCGACCCUGAACUUUGAAUCUUAACAGUAGCUCCGUUGCCGCUUUCUCCUCGACUCGGAGACCACGGGAUAUUGCAUCAGUGUCGGACGGUGAACAACCUCAUGUCGCCCAGCCGUCGGCUUCGAUCCUGCCAGGGCCUGCGUCUCUUGUUAAAGUAGGAGACAAUUAGCGGCUGCGCGCGAAUACUACCAACCCACUGGAC